GGAGCAUGCGCAAAUAAGCCUGGCGGGACACAAGUGUCAUGGCGCGCUCCAUCUGAAGUCUGUGCAGUCUCCUGACAGUGGCGUGUGGGUUUUUCUCUCACUUUGGACAGAUUCAUCUUUCAGGAGGACUUGAGGCCAAUUUCUGAUAAUCAAGAAGAUGCCUUCUGCAUCCUGUGAUGCUCUCCUGGAUGACAUAGAAGACAUCAUGUCACAGGAAGAUCCCAAGCCACAAGACAGACAUUUCUCAAGAAAGCAUGUGUUUCCUAAAGUACGAAAGCGGAAUACCCAAAAAUAUUUGGAAGAGGAGCCCAGGCCACCAAGUGAUAGCACUAUUCCAGGCAUACAGAAAAUUUGGAUUCGAACAUGGGGCUGCUCACAUAAUAAUUCAGAUGGAGAAUAUAUGGCUGGACAGCUGGCUGCCUAUGGCUAUAAAAUUACAGAAAAUGCGUCAGAUGCAGAUUUGUGGCUCCUGAACAGCUGUACUGUGAAAAACCCGGCUGAAGACCACUUCCGAAACUCAAUCAAAAAAGCUCAAGAGGAGAAUAAGAAAAUUGUCCUAGCUGGCUGUGUUCCCCAAGCCCAACCUCGUCAGGACUACCUCAAAGGACUGAGUAUCAUUGGGGUUCAGCAGAUUGAUCGUGUGGUAGAAGUUGUGGAGGAAACAAUUAAAGGUCACUCAGUGAGGCUCCUGGGCCAGAAGAAAGACAAUGGGAAGCGGUUGGGGGGAGCGAGACUGGACUUGCCAAAAAUCAGGAAGAAUCCACUGAUAGAAAUCAUUUCAAUCAACACGGGGUGUCUCAAUGCUUGUACCUACUGCAAAACUAAACAUGCCAGAGGAAACCUGGCCAGCUAUCCCAUUGAUGAACUUGUAGAGAGAGCCAAGCAGUCCUUUCAAGAGGGUGUUUGCGAGAUAUGGCUGACCAGCGAAGACACUGGCGCCUACGGCAGAGACAUUGGCACAGAUCUCCCCACACUUCUGUGGAAGCUGGUGGAAGUGAUUCCUGAGGGAGCCAUGCUGAGGCUGGGCAUGACAAAUCCACCAUAUAUUUUAGAGCAUCUGGAGGAAAUGGCGAAAAUUCUCAACCACCCCAGAGUCUAUGCGUUUCUCCACAUUCCAGUGCAGUCCGCCUCCGACAGCGUGCUCAUGGACAUGAAGAGAGAGUACUGCGUGGCCGACUUCAAAAGAGUUGUGGAUUUUCUCAAGGAGAAGGUUCCUGGAAUAACGAUUGCUACGGAUAUUAUCUGUGGUUUUCCUGGAGAAACCGAUCAGGAUUUUCAAGAAACACUGAAACUUGUUGAAGAGUACAAAUUUCCAAGCCUUUUCAUCAACCAGUUCUAUCCAAGACCCGGAACUCCUGCUGCAAAAGCCGAGCAAGUUCCAGCACACGUGAAAAAGCAAAGGACAAAAGAUCUGUCUCGGGUGUUUCACUCCUACAAUCCAUACGAUCACAAGAUUGGUGAGCGACAGCAAGUGCUAGUAACAGAAGAGUCUUUUGACUCCAAGUUUUAUGUUGCACAUAAUCGCUUCUACGAGCAGGUUUUAGUGCCAAAGAACCCUGAAUUCAUGGGGAAAAUGGUUGAAGUAGACAUUUAUGAAUCAGGAAAACACUUUUUGAAAGGACGGCCAGUAUCGAACACCAAAAUCUACACACCAUCCAUCAGCAAGCCCCUGGCCAAGGGAGAAGUCUCUGGUUUAACAAAGGAAUUCAGAAAUCGGUUUGGGAAUCAUCCGAAGCCAACUUCAGACAGCUGUGCUCCAACUCGGCGUGACUCGGCAUAUUCCAGAAUUGGGCUGCGGAUGUCCCAGCGUGACUCUGCAGUGAGAGUAGCUGCAGGCCUGGCUCUCAUUGCUCUUCUUUUUGCAUUUCUGGCCAUAGUCUAUGCUUACAACGUUUUUCCUCUCAGAUGGCUAUAGUUUAUGUCAAGUUGACACAGAAUUUGCCAGCGCACAGAUGGGGUUUGGAGUGUUUUAUCAGAAUGCCGUAUUAAAAGGAAGCCCUCCCCACAAAGGGAGAUCUGCUGUGCUUGUCAUCCGUCACUGCUCUGUCUGCCCCAUUUUUUGUUUGUUUUCUUUUAAUAUCUGAUUCUCCAAUAGUUUUCUUCUCUUGUACACCUCCUAAAUGUAGGGUCUCUGACCCCA